ACAUAACCAUGAUAAGUUUGAGUUAACGAUAUUUAAGUUUUUCAUUUUAAUUACUUUCUUUUUAUUGUUUAUUUAUUGAUUUUAAUUAUGGAGGAAAGGUAUGAGAACGUGUGUAGACAACUACUUGAUCUUGGGUACAAGUACACACUGAAUCCGGAUUGUCUUUUGUUAGUAGAGAAGCUAUUGGCUGAUCUGAUUGAAACAACUGAAAAUCUCAGGAAGUACAUGGGAAUAGCAAAAGAUGCCCUACAGGAAAGAGACAAUCUCAGAUUUGGUGCUGAACCAUAUAAAUGUGAUAAUGCUAAAUUGAUGAAAGAAUGUAAUGAUCUUCACUUAGAUAUAUUGAGACAGAGGGAAGAAAGUGAGAAACAAAAGAAGGAUUUGAGAAAGAAAGUUUUGAGCUUGGAGGGUGAGAAGAGAGAUUUGUUGGAAAAUGAGAGGAAGCUGAAGGAGAGGAUCAGAGAGAUGGAAAAGAGACCCAGAUCUUCAACAGUGUCACUGACAGCUCAGACAGGUAAAAAAUGUGACAGCAGCAGAAUCAAUUCGGCUAUGGCUCUGGCAGAUCAGCAGCGGGCCUAUUUGACCAGGGAAGUGAAUCGUUUGAAGGACCAACAUUUGGAAUUAACAGAGAUCAAUGAUGACCUAAGGAAAAAGUUGAUCAACCGUGAGAAGGAAAUUGGGAGGUUGGGUAAUUUGUUGCAAGGGGGACGUCCACAGGAAGUCCUUAAUGGGGACUGCUGUUACCAAGACAUCAAUGUGAAACUAUUGAACAAGCAGGAUGAAAUUAAUUCAUUGUACAAGGAGAAAAUGGAACUGGAAAUUAAGCUGAAAGAUUCAAGAUGUAAGCAGCACGAUGCUAUGAAGCACGCUCUGCAUUUGGCGGAGAGAAAUUCCGUGCUGGAGAAGGAAUUGAAGGACAUCGAUCAGAUGGCUUUAGCGGUAGAGGAGGAAUGCAACACGACUGUUAAAAACAACAGCAAAAAAGUAUCAAGGUUGCAGGAGAAAAUGCACAACACGAUGAUCGAACUUCAGAGGGUAGAGAAGUUGGUGAUGGAUCUGAAACACGAAAAGGAAAGUCUAAUUGCCGAUGUCGAGGCUGUCAAGAUUGAAAAAAGACAUUUGCAGUCCGUCCUAACUACGGCGCUCGACGACAAGAAGAGGCUUACAGAUAAGAUUAACAAGUUUUCUAUUAUUGAGAAAGAUUUGAACUUGGAAAUUGAUCGAUUGGUGAGAGAAUCUGCCGAGCAUAAGAGGACAAUCGCUGAGCUUAAGGGGCAUUGUAUCAGCGAGCAUUACGCGAUGGGCACGUUGGAUUCAGAUCAGAAUCAUAGACGCCAGAGGAGUCCUCCAAAAAGUCCAAACAAGAAGAGUAAAUCUCCGAAACGACAUAAUAAAACAUCACCGACGCGUAAAACCAUCGAAUCUUACUCGAGGAAUGCCGAUUUAUAUUCGGAUGAUAAGAGAAUACCUUCUCCGCUGGAUUCGGAUAGCGUGAACGACUGGAUAAAGGAUCCUAGGAUGUGCGUGAGCAAGCUGAAAAGCAUGAUCGACGAGGAGUUGGAUAGAAGGUAUCCGCACAAGACGAAUUCGGUGGAUAGGCUCAGAAACGAGCGCGAUUUCUACAUCAAAGAGUAUCAACAUUUGGUGGAGCAGUUUAAGAAUGUGUACAAAACACAAGAUGUUCAACAUAAAACGCACGAUGUUCAGUUCGUACCAACGAAUUCUGAUAGUAAUUUGAUGAAGAGGAUCAAUGAGUUAGAUAAUUUAAUCUUGCAACUGAGGCAAGAAAAUCAGGUAUUGGCAAAGGAAAAGCACAACCUGAUGUUGCGUUUGGAAAACUCACAGGAUUGCACCGAUAGUGUUGAUUAUUUAAGCUUAAAAACGAAUUUGAAGCGUUUGGAGAGAGAAAGGGAUUUACUGAGGGCGGAUAUCGAUAAAUUGGAGGACGAAAAGCACGCUAUCAAAGAGCGUUUGAAGGCAACAUCCGAACUUCACACCAACGAAGUGGAUAAAUAUAAAUUGAUGCUUAAGGAGAGCGAGAAGACCAUAAGAUUGCACGAGAUGGAAAAGCGGGAUUUGGUGCAAAACCAAGGUAGUCGUAGAACUACCAUCGCCAGCUUGGAAGACCAGUUGGACGUGUUGAAGGGGCAACUGAAGAACACAAACGAGGAAUUAACGGAAAUGCGCACGGCCUACAAUCAAUUGAAGAUUCUCAAUGAGCAAACAGACAAGGCGUUGAAGGACUCGCAGAGGCAGCUCAACGAGUCCGAGAAUCAGCUGGAAUCGUACCAAAGGAAUAUUAAUGCGAGCGGCGAUAAUGUGGCGACGCUGCAGAGGGAAAUCGACGCCCUGAAAAAGGAUGUUCAGGUGUUGAGGCAGAAUCUCGUGGAGCUUGAUCGGGAGAAGGAUAAUCUUCUGUUGAAACUAGAUGAGAAAACUGAGCGCAUAGUCGCUUUGGAGAAUGAUCUGGCUAGCAAGGAUUCCAGGAUUCGCAGUCUUGAGGACGGAGUCUCCGAAUUCAAAAACAAAGUCACAACGACCUUGGAGGAGAAAAACUCGCGCGAGUUUCAGCUGAAGUCCGUUUCCUCGGAGGUCGGCAAUCUGCGUUUGGAAUUGCAGACGUUGACGAGGUCCAGGGAUUCGCUUCUCCUGGAAAACAGACGUCUGCAGGAUGAUCUUGCCGCGUGCACCGCGAGCUGCCGAAGCAGCAAUGCGGAACUGGAGAUCGCGAAGAGGCAAGUUCAAGACCUCAAGACGCAGCUGCAACAUUACGUAGCGGAAAUCAAGCGCAUCGAGGAUAUGAUGACUUCAAAGGAAAUCGAACGGAGCGAAAUGUUGGAUCAAUUCCGAAAUCUUUCCCAUGAAGCAACAAUGCUGGAGACGAACAACCACAGUUUGGAAACUCAAGCCACUGAAUCUAAAUUGCAGCUGUCGGUAGCGUUGGAUCAUGCUUCAGAUCUCGAGACACAUAUCCAAGACCAAACAGAGAUGAUAAAAAGCUACGAACGACAAAUCAACGAGUUGACAUCGCAAAUAGCAAAUUUGGAGAUGAAACUGAAGAUGUCGACGAACCAGCAGGAGCGGAUGGAAUCUGAACUGGUGAGCGUGAAAGAGAUGUACAGCAGAGUGGAGAAGCAAAAGGAUGAUCUUCUGGAACAGCUGCAAGAGCAGGAAGGAUUGAAAUCGCAGACGCAGAGAGAGUUGGGGAGAUUCAAGAGGGAUUCUGAGAUUCUGCAGAAAACGCUGAGCAGAGAUCAAGAUCGAGUCGAUAAUCUGGAGAAGCUCCUGAACGAGAACAGACAAGAAGCGGUGGAUCAACGCUUAAUCAACGAGGACCUGCAGAGCGAGAUCAGCAGACUGAACAAGGAGCUCGAGGAUUUGCACCGGAAGCUAGUUGUGAUCCAGGAACUGACAACCGACGUUCCUUUGGAUGUGAUUUCCAAGAGCAAAUCCAAGAGUCUGCCGCACGUUAUCUCUCAGAGCAAAUCGGUUUCGGAGAAUCUGGCUUCGUCGAAUGUCCUAAACGUGAGCAGUAGAAGGAACGUUUCCAGUGCGGCCAGAAGCUCCAGAUCACACGACCUUAAAGAGGAGAACAAAGAGAACAAACCCCACCGUCCCUUCAGUCCCGUCUACAAUCUAAAUGUGAGAUUCGCCAAGUGCGACUGCGAUCGUGGCUCCAACUUCGUCUGCAAAGAACACGAAAAGUACGAAUGCAACGCGCACAUCAACAUCGAGGACUUCUCAGAUGUAGAGUGACCUAGCUUUAAAAAACAAAAUCUCUCGUGCCUUCACAUUCCUUCCUCCCUUAAUAAAACUGCGACAAUAUUUAAUUUAAUUCGA